AUGUGUCAUUUCUUUUCUUUCUCCAAAUCUAACUGUUGUCUCGCAGUCAUGGCUUCUGUCAUGACAAAUAAAGCUACCAGCCUUCUGAUUUUUAUAAGCAUUCUUCAAGGAACUCAGAGUGUCUUCAUAGAACACAAAACAGAGGUAAAUGCGACAGUUGGACAGAACAUCAGUCUGCCGUGCAUCAUGUCCAAGGAGCAUCCAACAAUCAUCCAGUUACAAUGGCACAAAGAGGGAGAAAAGGAAGAGCAAAAAUUAGUGGUGUUUAAUCCUUCCUAUUCUGUUCUUUACUAUGCGAAUCAUAAAUUGGAGCUGGUGAACGAAACGAACACCACUGAGUUGCGAGGCUCCAUCUUGCUUUUGCAGGAGGUUACAGAGAAGGAUAGUGGAAACUAUGUUUGCGAUAUCGCCUCAUUUCCUGCUGGCAGCAUCAAAACAGUCACAAAAGUCCAAGUUAAAGUGCCAGAGGUUUCAAUGAAGAUCACGUCCCCCGAGAGGACUGUAAUAGAAGGGGACACAGUGAGCAUCACAUGUGUCAGUGAUCCUCCACCUGACAAGUACAUGUUAUUAUCCUCACGGAGUCAAUCAAUUAUGGAAAGUCAGGACGGAAAAUUCACAAUUCAGUACAUUACUCGGCACAUCAGUGACCUGAUAUGUCAGCCCACCUGGAACUCAUCAAACCAACGCUUACAAAGCCUCAACGCAACUAUGUACCUGACUGUAGACUUUCUUGACAAUAUAGAGUGUAAUUCCGAGAACCAGAUACAAGUUGAGACUGGGACAAAUCUGACAAUUACCUGUGACGCGAUGUCUUCCAAGUCCUUGCAUUUUGUCUGGAUGAAGGACAACAUUACAGUGUCCUCCAAUGCCAGUAUAAACCUGUGGUCAGUGAGUCCUGAGCACAAUGGGCUUUACACUCUGAUUGUUCACAAUGCAAAUCAUAGUCGUCUACACAGACAGAAGGAUUUUACAGUUACUGUGCUGAACAGCACACACACAGAACAUCUGAUCAGCACCAUGAUUAUGGAAACAACACCACAGACAACUAUGACAACAGCACACAUCAGCACAACUAUAACAGCACAAAGCAGCACAACUAUGACAACAGCACAAAACAGCACAACUAUAACAACACCCCAACCUAACGUUACAAUGCCGACAUCACAACCACACCAUACCACUGACGCCACAUCUACUGAGGAAGUUAUGAAUAUCAGCACCUCAGCUCCAUCUACUGGAAACAUCACCAUGGUGAAUGUAAACAUCACAACACCACACACGGUUGUACAGAGCUCAGCCACAACCUUCACACACACCUCAAGUGAGGGUAGGACACUGUCUGAGAUUUGCUGUACAUCCAGCCCAGGAUCUACCAGCAGAGAAAUCACCUCUGUACACCCAGAUACCAGUACAAUCAUCCUUACAUCGGCUUCCAUAAACAACGCCACUGUGAGAACAAGCAAUGUCUUAACAACUAUAAUUACAAGAAAAGAUGUAAGUACCACUAAGUCACAUGGGGUGUUUGUUAUCAUCCCUGUUUUCCUCAUGUUGGUUGUGAUUGGGUUUCUUUACCGGCAGUACCUGAUUCAGAAAAGGCUGGAUAUGCCACCCCCAUUCAAGCCUCCUCCUCCACCAGUGAAGUACACAUCAGCAAGAAAUCAUGAUAUACCUGUUACUGACAUUUUAGUAUGAUGAUUUCAUGCAUAAAAACAGAGCCUUUUAUACUAACCAUGUGUUUUUUUAUGUGGAGAUUUCCACUGUGCACCUUAAGUUUUUGAUUUAUUUUGAUAUUCUGUGUUUGCCGGUAAUAUAAAUAAAUACAUUAAAGCUA